CUCUGACACUUAGAUGUAACCUUGUACACUUAACUAAAUUGAUUCCAUACGGAUAUGUAAGACGUCUUAAAAUGUCAGAUAAUCGAGUAGAAAAAUGGAUGACAGAAAUACGUGUUAUCGAUGGAGGUCUUGAAACUGAACUGCAAAGAAGAGCAAAUUUGAAAAUUGAAGGGCAUAACAUAGAAGCUUGUUGCCUUCUGAAGAAUGACCCUAAUUUAGUAUGUGAAGUGCAUAAAAGCUUCCUUCAAGCGGGAUGUGAUGUCAUUUCAACAAAUACAUUCUGUGCUUCACCAGAAACAUUAACUGGAGCCCUAAAUAUCACAUAUGCAGAAGCUGUUGAACUAAUGAGACAUUCUGUAAGACUCGUACAACGUGCUAUAUCUGCUGAAAACUGUUUAAAAAGGCAAAAUCGAAAGUUGUCCAUACUUAUAGCUGGGUCGUUAGGUCCAUAUGACGCAUGCAUCGCAAACAAAAAAUCUUCUAAAAACACGAAAAACAAUGACAAAACAUUCGAGGAAUUAGUGGAAUUUCACUAUAAACGUGCAGAGAUUUUAAUUGCUAGUGGUGCAGAUUUUCUGGCGUGGAAUAAAAUCUCGUCGUUGACGGAAGUUUCAGCUAUUAGUGAAGUGAUGCACAGAUUGCCACCAUCGGCUUCAUGUUGGAUCACUAUUGAUUCCCCCGACGGACAAACAUCAACUGCUGGCCUACCAUUAAGUCAAUUCGCUUUAGAAGUAGAAAAAUGCGAAAAAAUAUUUGGUGUUGGUGUAUGCUGCAAUGUCCCUCAUAAUUUAAUCGGACAAGCAUUGGCUAACCUCUACAGUAUAUAUGAUCCAUGUGAAUCGGGAAAUGAAGAAGGCUAUCAUCCACCACCAUGCACUAUCAGAGGACGUCAUUCUGAGGAAUCGAUUAUAAAUGGUUGUGAGAAGAAAAUCUUAAUACUCAUAGCAAAUGAUGGACAGAUUUGGAUCCCACCAUCAGGCAAGCAUUUAAGAAAAGGUCAGCUGUUGACCUCGACGGUGGCCCUGGGUGCCAGAAGAUGGGUAAAUAACAUGUUGCAGUGGUCUAAAACACGAGAAACAAGAAACCUAGGUGGAACGUAUCCCAACGAGAAAGAAGUGUGUAAAUAUACAUUGCCUUUAGCUCAAUGGGUAGGUGGAUGUUGUCGUGUAGAACCUGAUUACAUAAAAAGGUUAGCAGAGAAAAUGAAGCCUGAUGAAUAUGCUACUAUUCUAUCAUCAAAAGACACGUUAUAUCCGUAUUUGACAGAACUAAGUGGGCUCGCGAAAACAUCAUUCAAGAACGAAAAUAAAAGAGGGCAAAUUCAGUGCAACAAGAAAACAGUGAAGAAAACCAAGAGAUAGGUGUCAUUCCACAAAAUUUGUGUUGUCAUCUGGUUUGAAUAUACUGCAACUAUUCAUUCCUUUGAAUACUAAGCAAGUUGAAUGAUAUCAAUUGACCCCUAGCACAGACCAGCUGCACUUUGAGUAUACAUUUUAACACUCACUAAUUGACCGUUUCUUUUGUGUUAUUCCAUUAAAAAAGCGUUAAGCAAACAUUAGUGAUACUAUCCUGUGAUUCAAGCUAAAUAAUAAAUAAAGAGAAGGAUUUGGCCCA